AUGGAGAGUCCAGAGCCGGGUCUGUCGUCAAAGUCCCUUCCAGCUCGGGACCGGGCCGCGUUGAGACCCUCCGGCUGUCCCGAUCAGCAGUCGGACUCGGCCAGGUCCUCGAAGCAUAUUGAGCAGCCGUCCAGGUCACCUAGGCGACGGAGGGAGGGAAAGAGGUCACAGCGGCGGGCGGAUGGUCACGAGCAGCGGCUGUGGGAGAUGGAGCGGCGGAGGUUGCCAGGCCAACACGAGCACUCGGAACAUGCCGGUUCAUCGUGCGAUGCAGCGGAAAGCUCUCCUAAGAGGAGAGCUCACUUUCUGCAUGGACCGUAUCCAGCCACUCACUUUGGACCCAAAGCCUGCAUUCUACCCAACCCGACUUCAGUCAUGCACAUCCAGGACCCGGCCAGUCAGAGGCUCACCUGGAAUAAAGCUCCGGUCAACGUGCUCGUCAUCAGGAAGAUCAGAGACGAGAGCCUGGUCGAGCCUUUCAAAGAGCUCUGCAGGUUUCUGGUAGAGGAGAAGCAGAUGAUGGUGUAUGUGGAGCGCCGGGUGGCAGAUGACGCCACGCUGUCAAAGGACGAGGCCUUCGGCUCCAUCCGCAACCAGCUCUGCACCUUCAGAGAGGGUUAUGAUGACAUCUCUGACUGCAUAGAUCUGAUCAUUUGUCUGGGUGGCGAUGGGACUCUGCUUUACGCCUCUUCUCUCUUUCAGGGCAGCGUCCCGCCGGUUAUGGCGUUCCACCUCGGCUCUCUGGGUUUCCUGACUCCCUUCAAGUUUGAGUCAUACAGGACCGAAGUGGCCAAAGUGCUGGAAGGGAACGCGGCCAUCACCCUGCGCAGCCGCCUGAAGGUGAAGGUGGUGAAGGAUAUGCUCCAGAGGACGGGCCAGCAGCCGGAGAACAGAGAACCCACGCUGGAGCACAACGGGCUGCUUCCUCACGGACACACCAACAGCGAGGCUGGGAAGGUCACCCUGCAGCUCCAGGCGUUAAAUGAAGUGGUGGUGGAUCGAGGCCCUUCCUCCUAUCUGUCUAACGUGGACCUGUACCUGGAUGGACGGCUCAUCACUUCGGUGCAGGGAGACGGGGUGAUUGUGUCCACGCCCACUGGGAGCACGGCGUACGCAGCUGCAGCAGGAGCCUCCAUGAUCCACCCUAAUGUCCCCGCCAUCAUGGUCACCCCCAUCUGUCCCCACUCCCUGUCCUUCAGGCCCAUCGUGGUCCCUGCUGGAGUGGAGCUCAUGAUCACUCUGUCUCCUGAUGCCAGGAACAACGUGUGGGUGUCGUUUGACGGCAGGAGACGACAGGAGAUCCAGCACGGAGACUGCAUCAAGAUCACCACCUCCUGUUACCCGGUGCCGUCCAUCUGCUGCCACGACCUGGUGUACGACUGGUUCGAAAGCCUGGCUCAGUGUUUGCACUGGAACGUUCGCAAGAGGCAGGCGCGACUGGAGGACGUGUCGGACUCGUCAGACACGGAGAACUGAAGGAACGCCGCUGAGGGGCGUCAGGUUUGCUCAGAGACACACUUAGAAAGCAGCAGACGGUGACCCAGGUCCUGUGCAACGCAUGAUUACACAGACUAUUAUAGGUAUUUUACCCUGACUCAUAAUGUUAUUACCAUUCUGUGCACCCGACUCUGCAUUUGUGUCUGUAGUUUGCUGCUACAGCAUGUAGACAGGAAAAAAAUAACACCAUACGAGCGACAAUGAGAACCUAACACUCCCUAUUCAUGAAUAAGCAGCAUGCUAUAGCUAUCUCCUGUAUAUUUGUACAUACAGAUCUCUAGUUCAGAUGCAUUCAGUGUUAUGUUUAUGUUCGUAUAUUUCAAGAAGAUGGAAAUAUUACUAGUGAUCACGUGAAAUGUUCCUGCUGCGUUCCCUACCAGAAUCCAGAGUCUUGAUUUUGUUCACACUGCAGUUACGUUUAGACUGCAGCUGAUAAUGAGCUGUAACCCGGCCGGCUGUGUGAAUUUCAUGUUUAAAAAAAAAAAAAAGCUGACAAAUGAUGUGGCAGAAGGCAGUAAUGUGAAAAUAAAAAGCUUGACACUG